GAUGGAGGGAGAAAUAAGAUAUUAGUCAAACACGGGUCGGAAUGAAACCCAAAUUUAUCCGAAAUUCACAUGAAAUUCCACUUAUUAAAUUCACGCGUAAUUCAGUUCAUCAAGUAGUAGCAGUCAUGAAAUCCGUGUAGAAAGUCAUCGUCAUCGUUAUCAAUACAUACACAUACAAUUAUUACUUUUAGUGAGAGAAAACACAUACUUUCUAGAGAGAGAAAACACCAACACACUCACCAUCGUCAAUUCCGUCUCCAUUACGGUCCUUUUCAUUCCUUCUCACCAAAUUCGCCGGCCUUUUUUGUGUAUUAUUACACCAUUUCUGUGUGAUUGAAGUGAAAUUUUUACCUAGGGUUUCAAUUUGGGGGAAUUCUGUGAAGAAAUGGGUGAUAGUGAAGGAAAUACUGAGAUGAUUCAAAGAGUGCAGUCCAAUUUUGGGACUUCAUCUUCAGCAGUUCCUAAACAUCAAUCACAAAAACCUAAUUUUAAUCAACUUGAUAUACCUCAAUCUAAUACGGCUCAGUUUCGGGGUCAGAAUCGACAGUUUUCCCCAAAUUAUAGUGUUGAUAGCACUGGUAAAAGGGCGGGAAUUCCACCAUCUCAUCCGCAGUUUCCUCCGGUCUCACCUUACUCGCAGAUUCCGGUGACUCAGAGUUCCGGGAAUAGUCAUAAGAUUGGGGGUUCGCCGAGUUUUAACCAUGGUCAUGGGCCGUCGCAUUCGCGAUCGCUGUCGCAGCCUACGUUUUUCGCUCUUGAUUCGCUUCCUCCUUUGAGCCCGUCGCCGUAUCGUGAUUCACCUUCGGCGCGUUCUCCUGAUCAAGUUGCAGAUGAUGUGUCGAUGGAUGAACGUGAUGGGAAUUCGAAUUCGAAUUCACACUCUUUAUUGCCGCCUUCUUCUCCUUUUAGCAGGGGGGGUUUGACCCGAACCGGUGAGAAUCUUCCACCGCGUAAAGCUCAUAGGCGGUCUAAUAGUGAUAUUCCAUUUGGGUUUUCAACUAUCUUGCAGUCGUCACCACCAUUGAUUCCGUUAAGAAGCCCGAAUACUUUAGACAGGGGUGCGUCGAACAGUCAAGGGUCAAAGUCGAUUCAGUUGGUCAAACGGGAAUCAAGUUGGGAGAAAAGUGGUAAUGAAAGCAAUGCUGAAGGAAUGGGAGAGAGGAAAUCUGAAGGGGAAGUUGUAGACGAUUUGUUUUCUGCGUAUAUGAAUUUAGACAAUCUCGAUACAUUGAACUCAUCUGGAACUGAUGAGAAACAAGGAACCGAUAAUCGUGAGGAGUUGGAUAGCAGAGCUAGUGGCACGAAGACAGGUGGUGAUAGCAGUGACAACGAAGCUACAAGUAGUGUGAAUGAAAGUGGGAAUCAUAGAAAAUCGGGGGUUGGUUCGAUUAUGAAUAAACGAGAAGGGGUUAAAAGGAGUGCAGGUGGAGACAUUGCUCCAACAACAAGGCAUUAUAGAAGUGUUUCAAUGGAUAGUUUUAUGGAGAGGAUGAACUUUGGUGAUGAAUCACCGAAGCUCCCUCCUUCCCCUGGUGGUCAACUUGGUCAACUAUCUCCUAAUAAUUCUAUCGACUCGAAUUCAAAUACGUUCAGUUUGGAGUUCGGGAAUGGUGAGUUUACUGGAGCUGAACUCAAGAAAAUUAUGGCUAAUGAGAAACUUGCUGAGAUAGCUCUAACCGAUCCAAAACGAGCCAAGAGGAUCUUGGCUAAUAGACAAUCUGCUGCUCGAUCCAAAGAACGGAAAAUGCGUUACAUUACAGAACUAGAACACAAGGUUCAAACUUUACAGACCGAAGCAACGACACUGUCUGCGCAACUUACCUUAUUGCAGAGGGACUCGGCUGGGCUCACAAGUCAAAAUAACGAGCUAAAGUUUCGUCUGCAAGCUAUGGAACAGCAGACACAGCUUCGAGACGCUUUAAACGAGGCUUUGACUGCCGAAGUUCAUCGUUUGAAAAUGACUACCGCUGAACUAAGUGGGGAUGCUGCUAAGUUUGCUCAACUCUCAAUCAACCCGCAAAUGUUCCAGCUACAGCAACAGCAGCAGCAUGCUCAUCAAAUGCAACACCAGAAUCAGAACCAGCAGCAGUCCCACCAGCAAAACGGCGGUGCCGCCACCAAAUCCGAUUCAAACCAGUAGGGGCCGGUGGGUCCUAGUAACCUUAUGGUGCUGAGCCUGUUCAUACUAUCACUAUGAUGUCGUCUUAAUAUAUAUCACCGGUGCAUUCGUUCAUUACUUUUUUGUGUCUUUUGGCAUGGCUUCUGCUAGCAACUUCUAAUGUAUUCUAUCAAGAUUUCUAGUCAUUUAUUUUACAUAUAGCGAGAGAAGGAUUCUUAUAAGAGCUUAAAUAUAAGUAAGAACCGUAAGAACUAAUCUGGGUUGCAUAUUUCAAACACGGGGUGAAACUUGAAGCGUUUGGAGGGAAAGUUGGUUUGUUUGAAUAUAAGUUUCACUUUCGCAUUUGAUAUGUGGCUAGCAUUUGUUAUUACUGGUCUUGUUUAUAUUUACCUUCUUAUUUGGUCUCAUAUACACACACUGCUUGGUGUUUUAAAGCUUUUCUUUUUGUUCAUGAUCUUGAAAUUCAUGGGAUUUGCACUUGUUAUUGGUUAUGGUUGUAUUUUUUGAAUUUAAA